AUGGAAGUGGGAAUCAUUUCCACACAACACAUAAAACCAUCCUCUCUGACACCUCAACACCUUAAAACCUUCAAGCUCUCGCUUUUGGACCAGUUUAUUCCUUCUCCAUAUGCUCCAAUCAUCCUGUUUUAUCCUACGGAUGAGUCAACUAGCCAUCUUGAGAUUCCUAGAAGAUUAGAGCUGCUGAAGAAAUCUUUAUCAAACACCUUAACAAGCUUUUACCCUCUUGCAGGAAAGAUCAGAAAUGAUCUUUCCAUCGAGUGUAGCGAUCAAGGAGCUUAUUAUGUUGAAGCUCGAGUAAACUGUCGUCUCAACGAGUUUCUUAAUCAACCUGACCUCCUCUUUUUACCUCGAUUCCUUCCCCGUGAGUUCAUUUUGGACGAGCCAACUGCAGGAACUUAUGUAACCAAUAUUCAAGUGAACAUGUUCGAGUGUGGUGGUAUUGCUAUUGGCAUAUGCAUUUCACAUAAGAUUCUUGACGGUGCUGCGCUGAGCACCUUCCUCAAAGCAUGGACUGCAACAGCUCGUGGCUGUAAGGAAGCCAUAUAUCCCAACUUCAUCGCUACGUCUCUCUUCCCCACAGAUGAUUUGUGGCUUAGAGAUUCAUCACUGGUCAUGUGGGGUUCUUUGUUUAGGAAAGGCAAGAGCAUUACUCGGAGAAUGAUAUUCGGUACUUCAUCAAUAGCCGCUCUCAAGGCCCAAGCUACCAUCCCAGGCCGCCAGUGCCCUACUCGAGUUGAGGCUGUUUCAGCUUUCUUAUGGAAGUGCACCAUGGAUGCCUCCAAAGGAAAAAAUGGUUUUCAGAGGCCUUCUUUAUUAACCCACCUUGUAAAUCUACGGAGAAGAAUGGUGCAGCCCACGGAGAAUUCGACUGGAAAUCUCCUCUGGAUAGCAUCUGCUAAAAGCAAGGUUGAUAACAAGUCGGAUUUGCCUGACUUGGUAGGACGGGUGAGGGAAGCAAUAUCAAGAGUUGAUGGUGAUUUUCUAAAGAAGCUAGGAGAUGAUAAAGGGAAAUCUCUGAUGUGUGAAACUCUCAGAGAAAUAGGAGAUCUAGUCUCCAAAGACGGGUUGGACCAUUUUGGAUUUAGCAGUUGGUGUAAGUUUGGGUUUUACGAAGCUGACUUUGGGUGGGGAAAACCUGUAUGGGUCAGUAGCUUUGGGAUGGAAAAUUCGGUGUACAUGAAUCUCAUCAUUCUGGUCGACACACGAUUUGGCGAUGGCAUAGAAGCAUGGGUGACCUUGGAUGAACAAGACAUGGCAAUACUUGAACGUGAUGAGGAGCUCCUCAGAUUGGCUAUGUUCGAUCCGAGUCCAUUGAUGAUCAGCAAGUCACCUCUGAAUUAG